GGGUGAUCGUUAGCACACACACACUAUCCGUAUGGCCAAUCUCAUGCCUCGGAAAUGUGUGGUUUCAAAGUUUCCCCUGUUAUCUCUCUGAAAGUAAAUAAGGCUCCGAGUUUUCGUGCUACCGGUGUGCAUAAAAGGGGCCCCGGUGGUAACAGGUAUCAUUUCCUUCACAAGCUGACAGAUCCCGUCGACAGAAACGAAAACCAAACAAUCACGUUACUAUGGCAACCGCCUGCAGACAUAUUUCAGAACAAAAUCAAAACUGGCUGGGGAAGGUGCUCGGCAGAGUCAAGAGCCCAAGGUUAGCAAGCAUGCUGCAUGAUGAGUUCACCGUCGUGGCAGGAGGCAUCACCCUCAUCAUGCUCGCCAGGUACCUCCUCCUCGUCGGACCAAUGGGAACCCUGCUGAUGACGACGUCACUCCUCCUGUCCGUCCAAUGGCUGCUCCGCCCGCGGAACUUCCCGCCGGGACCCUGGGGACUACCCGUGCUGGGCAACCUGCACCAGAUCGCUGUUGACCCCAUGAAGAGUUUGACAGAAUUCGGAAAGAAGUAUGGAGACGUAUACUCUAUCAGGAUUGGAAUGGACAAUGUCGUGAUCCUUUGUGGCUGGGACGCCUUCAAAGAAGCCAUCGUAAACAAGGCUGACGAGUUCCGCAUGCGGCCCUCCCACCUCUACAUCUACAAAGAAUAUGCAGACUCUAAGGGCAUUGGAUUUGUCAACGAUGCCACAACUCACAGGCUGAACAGAAAGUUCGUUCUCAAGACUCUGAAAGAAUUCGGUCUCGGUAAACAAACCCUAGAAGAAGACAUCGCCCAAGAGGCCCGCUAUCUGUGUCACCAGAUCUACAAGCAUGACGGCAAACCGAUUGGCAAGAUGGGAAGCAUGCUGACCAGGUCGUCCGCCGGCAUCAUCCUGCGCCUCGUGUUCGGUAAGCAUUACGAGUGGGAGGACCCGGAGUUCAAACUCUUCGUGGGGAACAUCACGCGCGGGUUCGAGCUGAUGACGAUGUACGGCGCCAUCUUUAACGUGUACCCAUGGCUGAGGUACAUCCCUUACGUCAAAUCCUUGGGACAGGCCGUCAUGGACAACAUGUCAGACUUUAAGAAACUCAUCCUCGACAAGAUUGAGCAGCACAGGAGCAGCCGAGUUCCAGGGAAACCGAGAGACCUUGUCGACGCCUUCUUCGACGAGCUGGAAGACAACAGUGGAGUGAACGACUUUUCCCAUCUACUCCCGAUGGUGGCCGAUCUUCUGACAGCCGGGAUGGAGACAACCGCCACUACUCUGCACUGGACUGCUCUCUACAUGGCGCUGUACCCUGACGUACAACGGAAGGUCCAGGACGAACUGGAGGCGGCUGUAGGGAAAGGCAAAGCCCCCACCUUAGCCGACGUCUCGAAGCUUCCCUUCACGGAGGCGACGAUCAAGGAGAUUCAGCGCAUCUGCAACGUCGCGCCCCUAGCGGUUCCCAGGAUGACCACAACUGAUGUUGAGCUGAGAGGCUAUCACAUCCCCAAAGGCACCCAGGUGUGCAUGAACCUGUACACCGUUCACAUGGACCCGAAGUAUUUCUCGGAACCGGAAGUCUUCAAUCCCAACAGGUUCCUAGGGGAUGAUGGGAAGGUACAGAAGAUGGAGGCAUUUGCUCCCUUUUCUGCAGGUCGCCGGGUUUGUAUCGGAGAGCAGAUGGCCAGGAACGAGCUGCUGAUCUUCUUCACCACCAUGAUGACGCACUUCACCUUCAAGCUGCCAGAGGGCGCCCCUACUCCGGACUUAAGCAAGGGGAAGCUCGGGAUCACCCUGAGCCCACCAGACUUCGAAGUUCUCGCCGUCAGGAGGACGAGUGGAGACAUCAUAGAAAACAUCUAAAGGAUAUUUCUAUAAGAAUCCAAAAGUGAAUUGUCUAACAAGAUUUAAUGUCAGUAUUAACUAUGACAUACUUAGCUUUGUGAGGUGCAAUAUACCAGCCAGGCCUCCAGAUAAAUGUUUCCUCUGUGUACAUGAAAGACCUUUAUCAGCGGGUUACAUAUAUCAUUAGCUUAAACAUAUCAUAUAAAGAGACUGCAAAUUUGAAACCGUCGGCCAUGAUAUCAGCCAGGCCUCCAGAUAAAUGUUUCCUCUGUGUACAUGAAAGACCUUUAUCAGCGGGGUACCUAUAUCAUUAGCUUAAACAUAUCAUAUAAAGAGACUGCAAAUUUGAAACCGUCGGCCAUGAUAUCCCUGAAUAUCAUGUUAUUUUAAACAAUUGAUAUAGGUUACCCUGCGGAUAAAGGUGAAUAACGCUAAUUCGCACUGAACACAAACGAGUGCACUGUCCACAGAAAAUAUAUUGUUGACUUUUACUUCGCAGUGCACACGUCAUUGCAAAAAUAGAUAUAAAACUGAACAUUUCAAGAUUCACAAUAUUAUCAACCUAUAUAGCUAUAACAAGGGGCUUCGCACAGAAUUUUCUGUCAUGAUAUUCAUGACAUUUUCAGAGUGAUAUCAUACAGCUUUUCUUUUUUAGCUCAGUAUUACUCAAGAACUUGAAAACUGUCUACCAUUCACAUAGUUUGUUUUAUAGUUGAUUGUGCAGAAAUUAGCAAACUGCAUGUACCUGCGCUAACAUUUAACAUAUUAACUCAACUGAAAACAACAAUAACAACUUUUCAUGUUUUUAUUGCUUCCAUCGAAAAGUACAAUAUAUGGUUAAAAACCCAUCCAGAUCUACUCUACAAUGUCGCCUGUGACUAUUGGUACCAUAAAAUACACAUUUAUCCGUGAUUCGGACCGCCGUGUUAACAAACUCAUUCGAAAGAUGCUGAUAACGUAUUAUGUAGGUUGUAACAAAAUCCAGGUCUGCUUCAAUGUUUAGUUGUGCUGUUUAUGAUGCAUUAUCUUAAGAUGUCAAAAAUGUACAAAAAGCUGCCCUGUGUAGGCCCUGGGAACAAACUAGAUUCUAGCUAGGGUAAGUAAUCUUGGAUCCCGCAGAACAAACUAAAAAUAAUCGUAAGUUGGUUUCAGCUGCAGAUCUUGUAUAUAUUCUGAGUAUCUUAAUAAUGGAUGUAAAUAAUUGAAUGAUAGAACAGAAUGUCAGGUAAACAGCUACAAUUUGUAGCUAUUUUAUGUUGCUUUAACCUGUAUGAUGUUUAUAUUGUAAGAUAUGAUUAUAACAUAUGUUGCAACACAUUGAUGCAAGAAGAUCCUAAUUGUAAAAGAGAAACAAUAUGUAUUCAUAAUUCAUUCUACAAAGAAAAUGAUAUAUGAAAACUUGUAUAUUGAAAUACAGAGAAUUUUAUCAUUAAAAUUUUCAAAGCUCCUUAAAA